AUGUUUAAAAAAUUCAAUCUAAAAGAAGACAUAGCAACUCAAUCCCAAGUCAAAUCUUCGGUGCAAAGAAGCAUUCGAUCUAAAAUUCUUGAACAGUAUAAAAAAUUAGAAUCAGUAAUUGAAGAAGUUUUACCCAAAAAAGCACCACUGGUUUUAGUAAAAUGGCAAGCUUUAAUGAUUCAUUAA